AUGCGCCCACACCUAAUUGUAAUGUAUGUGAACAACAUAUCUCAAAGAACAACAGUUAUGAGAGAAAGAAGUAAGGCAUUUCAAGAUAUUCUGUCCAGAUUAAACCUGGAGAAGUACAGAAGCAGGAAGAUCAGGCUGAGGGAUGUCCUGGAGAUUUGCCCAGAAGGUAUCAAAAACAGGAUUCCAGAGGCAUUAAGAGAUUUACCUUGGCAUUUUCUGAGGAAGGUCAUGGCUGUGAAUGGGACAGCCAGAAAUACAAGCAUUUGGCACAAGGCUCCUGAAGAAGAAAUGAGUGGUGAUGAUGAUAAAGAGCUGCAUAUUGAUGACAAUUUCUGUGUUAGUGAUGCUGAGAUAAAAGUUUCACUGCACCCUCUCGAUGUUCUCUGUGCUGUUCUGCUUUGCUCAGACAGUUUCCUGCAGCAGGAGAUCCUGUCCAAAAUGUCCAUGUGCCAAUUUGCCCUCCCUCUGCUGCUACCUGCCCUUGACAUCCACAAGUGCACCCUACUGCUGUGGGCCAUGAGGGACAUUGUGAGGAAGUGGAGGCCGCACUCCCUGGCAGAGAGCAGAGGGUUCAGAGAGGAGAGCCUGGUGCUCACGUCAAUGCUAACCAUUUCCUUUGUGCGGUUGGGGAGCUGCAGCUUCUCCAAGUCCAAACUCCUCAAUGAUGUUCUCAGCCCGUCCCAGCAGCACCACAAUUUCUUUAUUCAUCGGGACACAGAGUCUGGGAAUGUUCUUCGGCAAAUCGCAGAUGGGCUGGUCGAGAUUUCCUGGUAUUUCCCAGGUGGAAAUGAGAAUUCUGAUCUUUUCCCAGAACCUGUGGCAGUUACAAAUCUGCGUGGAGACAUCGAGACGCAGUGGCUGCAGUUUAGCUUUUUAACAGAGGUCUCCUCAGCAGUGUUCAUAGUUACUGAAAGCAUCAGUGAGAGAGAAUAUGAGCUGUUAUCCUCUCUGAAAGAAUCAACAGCUAAAUAUUACUUCAUCCUUAACUACAAGAAUGAGAAACCCAUGGAAACUCUGGGAUUCCUUAAUAAGCUGGCCCCUGUGCUGAAGCUGAGCAAAUCACAGCUACUUGUGAAAGACAGCACCACCAAUAAUGCAGGAUUUGUGAAAAAGGUGCAGUCCACCAUAGGAAACAUAAUGAACUCAUCUCCCAAGACAGUGAGUUUGGAAGCAAUGGCUGUGAUGGCACGUGACCUAGGAAUCCAAGUGGAUGAGGACUGUCAGGCAUGUCAGUGUGCGAGGAAAUGUGCUGAAGAUAUCAUUGCAGAAAUAAGAGAUGGGGCAAAAUACAAAAGAGAAAUGUUGAGACUCCAAGGAGAUCCAUGGAAAAACUUGGCUAAAGUGGAAAAAGAGCUGUGCCGAAUGAAAAGCCAAGGAGACAUGGCCACUGAAGACUAUAAAUCUGAGCUGAAACAGAAAUGGUUAGAGAUACGCAGACAGCAGAAUCAGUGUGGCCUUACUAAUGGUUUGACUAAGUUUAUCAAUGGAAUAGAACACUUGCCUACAGUGGAGAAACAUUACUUCCUGAAAUGGAUGAAAUUUAGCCUCGAUAGCACUACCAGAGGAAAUCUUUCUAAAAUGCGGGCAGAGUAUAAAAAGAAAUGUGAAACUCCAGGAGUGGACCAAAAACAGCUGGAAAAACUAGAUAAAUUAAUAGCUGAUAGUUCCCUUGGGGUUGAGCAUUUCAUACGUGAGUUGGGGCAGUUCUAUGAAGCUGAAUGCUCAAUAGUUAAAAAAGGCAACAAGGCAGAAAAUCAGAGACAAUUCCUCCAUCUUCCAGCCAUAGUAGCUGACUUGAUGCUGGAAGGGUUUCCUGUAGAGCUGAUUGAUGGAGAUGCCUCCAACAUCCCCAUAAACUGGGUGGUAGAUGUUCUAACUCAUCUCAAUAUCAGACUAGAGGGUAGAUCCAGAAUGGUGGUUAUAACAGUGCUGGGAGUGCAGAGUACAGGGAAAUCCACCCUUCUCAACACCAUGUUUGGCCUGCAGUUUGCAGUGAGCAGUGGCCGAUGUACACGAGGAGCCUUCAUGACGCUAAUUAAAGUUACAGAAGCUGUUCAGAAGCUAAGUGGCUGUGAUUUCAUCCUGGUGGUAGACACUGAAGGUCUGAAGGCCCCUGAACUAACAGCACUGGAAGACAGUUAUCAACACGACAAUGAGCUGGCCACACUGGUGAUUGGACUAAGUGACAUAACUAUCGUUAACAUGGCCAUGGAGAAUGCCACAGAAAUGAAGGAUAUUCUGCAAAUUGUGGUCCACGCCUUUCUCAGAAUGGAGGAAAUAGGACAAAAGCCAAACUGCCAGUUUGUGCAUCAGAAUGUCAGUGAUGUGUCUGCUCAUGACCAGAAUAUGAGGGACAGGAAACACCUCCUGGAGCAGCUGAAUGAAAUGACCAAAGCUGCAGCAAGGAUGGAAAAACAAAGCAGGGAAAUGGCAUUUUCUGAUAUUAUGGAGUAUAACCCAGAGAAACACAAUUGGUACAUCCCUGGGCUGUGGCAUGGAGUCCCUCCCAUGGCUCCAGUAAACACUGGAUACAGUGAGAGUGUGUGUGAGCUAAAGAAAUACCUAUUUGAAUUCAUAAAGAACCGUUCACGUUACAGAGCUAUCAAAGACAUUCCUGAAUUUAUUGAAUGGCUGAAGAGUCUUUGGAAUGCUGUAAAACAUGAAAACUUCAUCUUUAGCUUUAGAAACAGUCUAGUAGCUGAAGCCUAUAACCAGCUGUCUAUGAAGUAUUCUGAAUGGGAGUGGGAUUUCCACAAGAAGAUGUAUAUCUGGAUAUCCGAAAAAGAAACUUUCAUCCAGAACCAGCCACCAGAGAAACUAGAGCGUGAUCCUUUAACAAGUUUAAAAAUUGAGGCACAAGGGAAACUUCAGGAGGAAGAAAAGAAGCUCUUGGAUAAUUUAGAACAGUAUUUUAAAAGUGGAGCUUCAAAUUUGAACCUGAUAGAAAAGUACAGAGAAGAUUUCAAAAGGAGCGCAAAUAGCCUCAAAAGAGAACUUGAAAGUUAUUCAAUCAGUAACUGUGAGGAAGCAAUUCGAAUUCAAAGAGGACAGCACAAGAUAGACACUAUCCAGACUGGGUACAAACAGACAAUUGAAGGGAAAGUUGACAGACUCUUGGCUGAAUGCCGGAACAGAAAACAUAAACUAGACAAUGAGAAACUGAAAAUAGAAUUUGAAACAAUGUGGCGAGAAACCUUGUCAGAGUUAAAGCUCAGUAGUUUACAGAAACGUCAAGUUGUUCAAGAUAUGGAUCUACAGCUGAGAAAGGAUUUUGAGAAUCGAGGGAGUGCUGUCAAUCAGAUGCUUCAACAUGCAAAAAGCCUACUGGGUUAUGGAAUGAAGUCUUUCACAAUGAAGAAGGAGUACUUAGAACUAAAAUGGACCACAGCAGUUGUGGAAUUCUUCUUACAGGACUGUCACCGUAAAACUGAAGAGCUUGCUCUAUCUUUAAUGAAGGAAUGCAAGAAAUACAUUGAAGAAAAAGUUAAAUCCAAAACAGACUAUGAUGAAACCUAUUGUGGAGAACUGCUGCAUAUGGUUAAUGAGAGAUUAAAACGGGAAGAUGUUCAGAAACUUCCCACUACCCCUAGUUUUGAAGUUGACCUGAAACUUCACAUUUUGGGGGAAGCAGCUUGUGCAUUUCAGAAGAUGCAUGAAGAUUUUAUCAAAGAAAACGAUCCUCAGCAACGUCUGGAGAAGCUGAAACCUCAGUAUUUCUCCAUAUUUAUGGAUCUCUAUUUGGAAAAGGAUGAAAGCCAAGCAAGGGCCAAGGAUUUCUGUUAUCAGUGUCUCAAACCUGCCCUGGUGGGUUAUGUCAACAAAAGGCUGGGACUAGAAAUAGUUGACAACUUUCUCAGCAGUGAACAGGCCGUUGAAUACGCCAGCCGAAGCUUCUUUCAGUUUUCUGUGCUAAAGAAGCUGCUGGAAGAGAUGAACUUUGACAACUAUGUGAAAUACAUAAGUAAGUAUGAAAAGUUUGUCAAAUCCUGGAUACAGAGAUGUCUGAUAGAUCACUAUGGAGAGAAGAGAAGUUUGAGAGAUCUGGAGAAAAGGAUUCUCUCCACAAUAAUAAAUAAAAUCAAAGGAAUUCUGAAAAACUCCAUAAAUAAAAACAAUAACACAGUUUCUGCCUUUUUAGACAGCUUUUGCAAAGAGCUGCAGCAGGACCUGGUCAUUUCCUGCAAUAGCUUAGUUGGAGUACAGUUUAAAAGCACAGCAAAAAUUGAGCAGCUUUCUGAUAACAUCCGAACCUUCCUUCUGGAGUUAGAACAACAAAUCUUAACCCAGUUUAAUCAUUUGGAACUUGACACCAAACUCUCCAACCUGUCAGUGAAACCCCGGGAUGAGAUCUUCAAGCGAGUGUUUGGCUGUGGCAAGCAGUGUCCAUUCUGUAAAGCCCCCUGUGAAGCAGGAGGCACUGACCAUAAAGAGCAUUUUGUAUCAGUCCAUCGACCCAAAGGAUUAGGGAACUUCAGGGAUCGUGAUUCACAAAAGCUUGAGCAUUCCAUAUGCUCCUCUGAUGUGGUUUCCAAUCGUGAGUUCCAAACUGUAGCCACACAAGGAAAAUUUCAUCCUUUCAAAGAUUACCGCCAUUACUACCCAGACUGGCGCAUUCAGCCUGAUCCCAGCAUUGAUGCUUCUGAUUACUGGAAAUUUGUUUUCAAAUCAUUCAAUGACCAGUUAGCUAGGAAGUAUGAUGCUAAAGAAGCAGAUCUCCCAAGAGACUGGAAAAAUAUAACUAAAGAGUACGCACUGCGGGGCCUAAAGCAAGGGUUUUAUCUGAAAAAAUAG